AUGCAAAAACCCACUCUUGCCGCUUUCUUUUUCACCGCAGCUGCGGUUCUUUUGGUUGUCAUAAUCAUCAUCCCUGUUGUUGUGGUUAAGAAAGAUAAGGAUGCAGGUUCGUCAAGUGCCCUUCGUGGUCCCAUUGGAACUGAAACGCCCUCGCUGGCAUCUCCCAGUGGCUCAGAGAGCUAUCUUGCAGUCCUGGACUUCCUCCGGGCAACGCUUCCGGAGUACCUCCAAGAAGAACUAGAACAAGGCGACGUGGACUCGCCCCAGCUGCAGGCAGCACAGUGGUUGGCUGAUCAUGACAAUCUGACUGAAGUGCUUUCACUGGACCUCAGUGACUCCCACCAGCAGAUCCUUCAGCGCUACUCGUUGGCAACCUUCUAUUUUGCACUGGGAGGAGAUGAAUGGGACUUCUGUGGUGGCAAGGUACAUUGCAAUGGCAUACGUGCACCUUGGUUAUCUGCUGUGGACGAAUGCAACUGGGCCUUCAUCCGUUGCAACGACCAAGGCUUGAUUACCCAAAUCAAUUGGCAUGCUGAAGUUUGGAACGGUGAACAUCUGAUUCCAGGGUUCAAAAACAACAUGGUUGGAACCGUCCCUCAGGAGGUGUCGCUAUUAACGAGUCUGGAGGUUUUUGUGUUGACCGAGAACUCAGUUGGGGUUGACCUGGACAGAGUAUUCCAAAACACUACGUCGAUGGUGCGAUUGUGGGCAUCAGGCAAUGUGCUGGAUGGUACUUUCCCAGUUCAGCUGCUUCAAAACAACCCAAAUCUUAGGGAAGUGAACCUUGCUGGUAACUGGGAUCUCCACGGCCCUGUCUUGGGAGUUGCUGGCCACCCAAGUCUGCAGGAGUUGAUCCUUGAUGACACCAGCGUGGAUGGGACACUCCAAGACAUGAUCAUGGUUGACAACACUACCAGUAUCUACCAAGCCAAUCUCCGUGUAUUGCGACUGAACAACACCCAAGUCUCUGGGACCAUUCCCUCCGCCAUUUCCCAGCUCACCAAGCUUUCAGUGUUGGACCUGGGCAGCACCAACCUGGACGGUCCUUUGCCCAAAGAGCUGUUCUAUCUGACCGACUUGAGUCUGCUCGUUGUUGGGAACGUUGGCCUGUCAGGCACUAUUCCUGAUGCCGUUGCCAAUCUGACCCACCUGUCGGAAUUGGACCUGUCAUUCAAUGCGUUUGAGGGGACCGUGCCGGAGGAGAUUGAAGCCCUGAACUUUACUCUCAUGGAUUUGUUUUUGAACAACAACGAGUUUACUGGCUCUGUCCCUGUUGCAUUCAAUUUUCUCACUGCUUUGGAAACACUGACGAUCCAAAACAACGACUUGACAGGUUCCAUUUCGGCUGCUGUUUGUGCGGAGAGAGGACUUCGUUACCAGCAGUUGGCAACGCUCGUUGUGCCCUGCCAAGUGGAGUGCAAGUGUUGUGACAAAUGUGAAUGA